AUGCCGCGUGGAAGAAACCGCCGAUCAGCCGCUGAUGCGGUUGCACGACCACUCGCCCUGGCGCUCGCUCUCGUCUCUACCCUGCCUCGCGCCGCGCACUCGCAGGAUCUGGCGCUGCCACCACUCCCGCCACCUGGUCGGAGGCCGACGACGUGCGACAACGUCCCGGAGCCCUUCCGCAUAAGGUCUAGCGCGUCGUCUCUGCCUGGCGGCUUCUGGGUGAUAUGCGGGCCAAACAGGGAGGCCAUGCUGUCCAUCGGCGAGCAUGAGUACAGAAUCGAUUCCGUGUCCAACGGCUACGUGGUCAUCUUCGCGGAGCCCAUCACACAGGUGUGUUACGACGGCAAGGGCAAGCCGACGCCCGGGGCAAAGAGCUUGGACGGGACUGCGUUAACUUGGAGCUUGGAAGGGACGCCGUUCACUUUCUCCCAGAGAAACAAGCUGGUCAACUUCGGCUGCAACCACACGCUCAUAGCUAACUUCAGCAACCUGCCCGGUGAUCCCAGCCCGCUAUACAUCACCAGCUGCAUCACCAAGUGCACCACCUCCAGCAUCAGCAGCUCUUGCCAUGGGGAAGCCUGCUGCGAGGCCUCCAUGGACCAGCUGAACGGCGCCAAGGUGUUCAACCUAUCGUUCGAACCCACGGCGAACGGCACCGACGACGGCGAGGAGGACGGAACCUGCAGCGCGGCGUUCUUCCUGGACAAAGACGAGCCAGUCUUCAAUUUCAGUGGCGACGAGGUACGGCCGCUAAAAAAGGCCUUGUCGCCGCAACGUGAGCGCAGGAUGAUUUUGGAUUGGGCGUUUGGGAGCACCACCUGCGACCAAGCUCAGAGCUACACAUUCGAGCCACUGUGCAAGUACGGGUACGGCACCUGCGUCGACGCGCCCAGCGGAGCGGGCUAUCUCUGCAAAUGCCCUGACGGGUACGACGGAAAUCCGUACGUCAGUGACGGAUGCCAAGACAUCAACGAAUGCCGGAACUCCAAUAGUAACAACUGCACCUAUCAGAACCUCUGCAACAAUACUUUGGGAGGCUAUACCUGUUCUUGCCCCGAGAACAAUAUUGGUGACGGUUACAGGACAGGAACAGGCUGCAACACCGCUCUUGUGACACCUGGUGUAGGUCUUGCACUUAUGGUUACAGUGACCACCGCUGUGUCGUUCUACUGCUGGGCGAUAAAGAAAAGAGAGCUAGGAAGAAACAGAGCAGAAUUGUUCAGGAAGAAUGGUGGCUUACUACUGCAGCAGAGAUUUUCAACAAUCACGUCUCAAGGAGAGGACCAAUCAGCAAAGAUAUUUAGUGCAGAAGAGCUCAAGGCUGCUACUGACAACUACAGCGAGAGUCGAAUCCUUGGCCGAGGUGGACAUGGCACAGUGUACAAGGGCAUUCUUGCAGACCAAACUAUAGUCGCCAUAAAGAAGUCCAAGGUGUUCGAUGAGAGCCAAGUGGAGCAAUUUGUCAAUGAGAUUGCCAUCUUGUCACAGAUUGACCACCCAAAUGUUGUCAAGCUUUUGGGAUGCUGUCUAGAGACACAGGGGACUAUUGGGUACCUUGAUCCCGAAUAUUUCCAAACCAGUCAGCUAACUGAGAAGAGUGACGUUUACAGUUUCGGAGUUGUUCUUGCAGAACUAUUGACCAGGCAGAAACCUAUUUCUGCAGCAAGGCCGGAAGAAUCAUGUAACUUGGCUAUGCAUCUGGUGGUUCUAUUUAAUGAACGGCGCUUACUUCAGGAGAUAGAGCCGCACAUUUUGGUCGAAGCAGGCGAAGACCAAUGUUAUGCCGUUGCAGAGCUUUCAGUACGGUGCUUAAACGUGAAGGGAGAAGAACGGCCUGCCAUGGUGGUGGUGGCUUCAGUUUUACAUGGGCUAAAAAGGUCAUUCACCAUAGACCAGACUGCCACAAGAAAAGAUGAAUGGGCAGGGGAAAAUACUGAACAGGAAGAGAAACAUCUACGUGAGCCCAGACCAAUUCCCAGUUUGCAGUCAUUAGAAGUAAGCACACAAUGCAGCAUGGAGGCUGAAAUGUUAUCUUCUCAUAUGCCAAGAUGA